UUUCCUUUGACUUUUACAACAAGGACCUAUAAUUAUAUCUUUAUUUUUCGUUUUUACGACUUUCCUUGUUUUAUUUCAGCGCAAACAUCCUCAGCGACGUCAUGGCUUGCGUCCCGGGACAGCCGCUGACUGCCGUGGUGCAACGAAUUGAGAUCAAAAAGUUGCGGCAUGGAGACAAUCUGAUCCUGGGCUUCAGCAUUGGAGGAGGGAUAGACCAGGACCCUGGGCAGAACCCUUUCUCUAAGGACAAGACUGACAAAGGCAUCUAUGUGACCAGGAUAUCACCAGGAGGACCAGCAGAAGUGUCCGGCUUGAUGAUGGGAGACAAAAUAAUGCAGGUGAACGGCUGGGAUAUGACCAUGGUGACCCACGACAAGGCUCGUCAAAAACUAACGAAGAACAACAAGGAUGUGGUGCGGCUACUGGUAACAAGAAAGUCACUGGAGGAAGCUGUCAAGCAUUCUAUGGGCGGUUACCCCAGACAGCAACACAGCGGCACCUACACUAAUGAUACAAUCUCCAAGAACUGAACACGCUGAGAUCCAAAAACGUAGGUGCUGGUUGCAGCGUGGCCUUUCUAACCAAGUUAAUGCAAAAAAUACCACACUGACCACAUCAGAUAGUUUAGGUGAUGUAUCCAGAUGCUGCAAAAGUGUGUUCUUAUUCACUGUGAUUAGUUGUUGGACAAUGGGCACGUGCUCUCCCUUUCGAUACACACUAACCCGUCUCAAAGUUAUCUGCUUUACUUUUUAUACAUGUCUGUAGCAUAUCCACGUGUGACUGAUGGGAGAAGUUGAUUAAACUUACUCAAAUACUGUGCAUUUAA